CUGAUGGAUGGAUCAUGGGACCCCAACCACCAGCUCCUUUUCUGGGUACCUCCCGCCUCCAGACAUGCAUUCUAUACUCCUUGGACUAUAUUGGUAAUACCCAAAGGAUAUCCCGAACUUGAUUUGAGGCGCAUGGCCCAUGGGACACAGUGGUCGAAUUGCCGAAAUGCGUGA